AUGUCAAACACACAAGCAACAAAACAAGCUCUCUCUGAGCACAAGGUCAUCCCAGAUGUCCUUCCAGACAACAUCAACCUUUCCUACGACCUAACACUAGAAUGGCCAAACGCAAAGCUCGACACGCCAGGAAAAGAGCUGGAAAAUCCCGACACAAAACCUGAGCCCAAAGUCUUCAUUAACCCUGCACCUUCAGAGCCGCUGGACAACCUCGUCCUGAUGAUGGUCGACCCAGACCUCCUAAUGAAUAACGACACCUACUGCGGUCAAGUCCGCCACUGGCUCGUCACAAACCUCUCCAGCAACCCUGACGGCACGCUAUCCCACCAUGCCGCCGCUGAGCGCUCACCCUACGUGCGUCCAGCUCCUCUGCCUAAUUACCUCUAUCCGCGUCCACACCGCUACGUCUUCAUCCUCGCUCGCGCGUCUGGUAAGGUGGAAGUCCGGCCUGAGGAUUUGCGCGAGAUGCAGAAGGAGUGGGUGGCGGCUGCGCAGGGGAAGCAGGGUGAGAUGCAGGAUUUGAAGGAUCGGUGGGGUUUUAAGGCGCAGAGGUUGAUUGAGGAGAAGGGGUUGGAGGUGUUGGCGGUGAAUUUUAUGAGGGUGGGUGGGACGGUGGAGAGUAGUCUUGCGAAUGCGGCGAUGAUGGGGCAGGCAGUUAUUGAUAAAGUUCUUGGAAAGUAG